UGACGUCCCGGACGCGGCCGUUACGGUUAUAACCGCUGGGUGGCCAUCUCGCGGAGACCGACGGCGUUUAAAGCUGCCUGGGUUUGCGUAAUUCAUUAUAGUUUACCGGACAUCAACCAUGCCGCGAGUGUACAUCGGCAGGCUGAGCUAUCACGUGCGAGAGAAGGACAUACAGCGGUUUUUCAGCGGCUACGGGAAGCUUCUCGAGAUCGAUCUGAAGAACGGGUAUGGGUUUGUGGAGUUUGAGGACACCCGUGACGCAGACGAUGCCGUGUACGAGCUGAACGGUAAAGAUCUGUGCGGGGAGCGUGUGAUCGUGGAGCAUGCCAGAGGGCCCCGGCGGGACCGAGACGGAUAUGGUGGGGGUUAUGGGGGCGGCGGCGGAGGAGGCAGCAGCGGCGGCGGACGCAGCAGUAGUGGUUAUAGCAGCAGGAGCCGAAGCGGGAGAGACAAAUAUGGACCUCCGGUUCGGACGGAGUACCGACUGAUAGUGGAGAACCUGUCCAGUCGCUGCAGCUGGCAGGAUCUCAAGGAUUUCAUGCGUCAAGCUGGAGAGGUGACCUACGCUGAUGCCCACAAAGAACGGACCAAUGAGGGUGUCAUUGAAUUUCGCUCUUACUCUGAUAUGAAGAGGGCUUUGGACAAGUUAGACGGCACUGAUAUCAACGGAAGAAAAAUCCGCCUUGUGGAGGACAAGCCUAGACGACGUCGCUCCUACUCUGGGAGCAGGUCAAGGUCUCGCAGCCGACGUCGUUCUCGCAGCAGGAGCCGAAGGAGUUCACGAAGCCAAUCUAGGUCCAGAUCUCGCUCGAGGUCCCGCAGCAAGCACCGCUCCCGUUCCAGGUCUGGUCGCAAGUCCCGGUCCAGGUCCAGGAGAAAGUCUCACUCCAAGUCCCCGGCGAAGUCCCGCUCCAGGAAGUCCAAGUCUCGUUCCCGCUCGCGUACGCAGAAGUCACGCAGUCGCUCCACCAGCCACAAGUCCCGUUCUCGCUCCGACACCCGCAAAUCUCGCUCCAAGAGUCGCUCCAAAGCCAAGUCGGAGAGGGAUUCCAGGAGCCGCUCCAAGGAGAAGUCGGUCAGCAAGAAGUCCCGAAGCCGCUCUGCUUCUCCCAGGGAGAAUGGAAAUGGAGAACGGGCCAAAUCCAUGUCUCGUUCUCCGUCCCCAAAGGAGAACCGCCGUCAGUCAGAGUCCCCCGGCAAGCGCUCUGCGUCUCGCUCUCCUUCACGUUCGAAGUCUCGUUCCCGCUCUCGGUCUGCCUCUCAAGACUAGCGCUUCUCCGACCGGAUUGCACCGCAGGAACAUGUCAUGCACAGUCCAGUGUUAAUCGCUCAUUCACAGCCUAUGAACAUUCACCAAAUGAUUAAAGAGGCUGCAGUCCAGUGUAGUAUUGAUUACUGUGCUGUUUUCAACAUUGCAUGAAAACAACUGCAUACCAGAGACCCCUCUCCAUCCAUGAAAUGUCAAAUCUGAUUUUUUUUUUUUUCCUCUUAGUUUAUAACGUUUCGUGCUUACAAGCAUUGCUCAGGCUGUUGCAUUCAACUCUGAUGGUGCAUCAUUUAAAAGGCUUUUUGUGUUUUUGCUUUAGUGUGAGGUUCAAGGAGGCUUUAACAAUAUGUAAUAGCCUAAAUUUGAUGGAAUCCAUAACUACUUUUGCAGCUGUUCUUCUGUGUAGUUGACAAGAUGUGAUGAGUGGAUGGCUGUGGAAAUGCUUCCUCACUGUGUAGUCAUUCAUAUCUCUUGUUAAUAAUUUUGGUUCUGUUAGUGCUCUGGAUCAUCAAUUUCUUUUUCUUUUUUUUACAAAAAAGUUUAAUACACGACUUGCAGUGUGAUUUCUGUGAUUGGUCUCAUUUUUAAAUGGGUUUUUGAAUAUUUUCCAGUGUUUUAGUUAAAUAAACAUUAAAUUGUU